CCGCAUUCAGCAGUGUCCGCCAGUCUCACACAGUUCACGGUUGGGGCCUGGUCGACGCGCAUUCAGUGUAGUGCCGUGACCAUUCCGACCACCUAUCUCUCCCUUCGUAAUCCAUUAUCUGUUUCAUCCCCACGUCAUCAUCUCAAGCUCGUUGACCGCACUGAUAUCUCAUCCCUCGGCCAGCCAGGGCAGCAGCAAGCCAUAUCAUACCAGCCCCUUGUACGUUGUGGAACUUGGCAGAUUACAGGCUCGAGCUCUUCAGAUAUUUGCCCUCAAGAAACACCAGCACAAUGAUUAUGUGGUACAUCUGUGGCUUGGUGAUCCUGGGUAUUGGCGCAAGUGCAAAUGAAAACCAGUUUUGUAAUGAAAACCAAGAGAGUGCUUACCCCAAGCCUUUGUGCUACAAUGCAGCCUGCAUGACUGCCAUUGAGGAGCAUAUCGAGCAUGAGUUUCAUGCUGCCUUCAAAUAUUUGUACAUGGGAGCAUUGUUUGGCCAGUAUGUUGUGGAGCGACCAGGCAUGACCAAGUUUUUCCUGGAAUCUGCCUCAGAAGAGAGAGGUCAUGCAAUCCAAAUGAUGGACUACCUUAACAUGCGAGGAAUUAUGUAUGCAAAGAACUAUACAUUUGGGAAUGAGAUGCUGUGGAAAUUGAGUGAUCAGCAAAUUGCUGCAGCUGAACUUAAAACACUCACCAUUGCAUCUGCCCUCAAGGAAGCACUGGAAAUGGAACUUGCUGUCACGAAGAAAAUACAUGAAGUGGUGAAGAGCUGUGCUGAUGAUUACCAUGGUGCUGAUGUGUUUACUAAUCCCAUCUUGGAGGAGCAGCAUACAGGGGUCCGCAAGCUGCAAGGAGCCAUUAAGACCAUGGAUGAGCUGCUGAGGGGCCACUCAGGUGAAGGUCUCAGCUUUGCUGAAUACAUCUUUGACCAAAAAAUGUUCAAGGGGGAGUUGUAAGGUAUCAGCAAUUGCGUACAGUUUCUCACUAAUAUCCUUUUUGACUGAGGUAUGAGCAGUUAUCACUAGUAUCCUUUUUGACAGAUUAUGUAGACUGUAUGCUUUAAACUCUCCCAUGAUUGUAUUGCUGAGUGUUCACACCAUUUAAUGAAUAUAUAAUACCAGAAUUUUAUAUAAUUUUCUUUAUUCACCACAAGUUUUAAGGAGCCCUAAUCAUGUUUAGGAAAUUAUCAUUAAAGAUAUUGUGCUGGAUGGAAGGAGUGGAUCAUACAUUUUUGUAAGUCAGCAAUAACAUGCUAUUUGUGAUAGUUGUUAACUUCUCUCCCUAAACAUAACUCAAUUUUGUGUAUUAUUUAGUCGGUAAAAGAUAGUGUACCCAGAUCAACAUGCAUUGUGCUGAGUUUGCUUAUUUUGCUCUGAAAUGUAGAAAUGUUUUUCUGUAGCGCAUAUGAUGUUUAUUCAUCAGCAUCACCAAAUGAGAUUAUAGCAUAAUAUUUUUAAUGAUGUGUUCUAUAAAUAUGCAAAUCUGAA